AUGUCCUGCCUGAGUGCGCUAGACUCGCAGUUAGCGACCCUGCUCUCGGUGCCUGAGAUCUUGUUUCUGCGACACAGGGUGUUUCGCGAAUACGCUAAAAUUGCAGUCGGGCCGGACUUUAUCCACACGUUACCGUCCUUUGUAAUCGUGAUAGCUGUGCUGCUCGUCCUCUGGAAGAAUCCUCCGUCCUUCGCUUGGCUGAUGGAUCUCGUCGGCGUUCACUUCGCGACCUUCGUUUAUAAAAGUUUUCAGGUGUCAAUCAGCUGGUUCACGAUUACCGCGCUUUUAUGGUUAUGGCUGAUCCUUCAAAGGAUACUCUACUGCAGCGUCUGGCAUUAUUGGAGUUAUGAAACUGAGUAUCGAGAUAUUUCAUAUCCAUGGUGGCAACGUGUCUGGUCCUCGUACUAUCCUGCACCUACACAGCCGCCCGUGAUGUCGGCUUGUUUUAUCAGUUGGAUCAUCGCGAUGUCGAUCGGAAUAAUUGCACUAGGAUGCGCAAUAAACAUUGAUCACUUGAAAACUUUCGUUGAAAAAAUUUCAAAUAAACUUCGGAACGCUCUCGCGAUGACGAAAUCUUAUAUAGAAUGGUCACAAGAUAGAACGCAACAAAUACUUCUACUAAGUUCCGAGGCAAAUGCAGCAACAGAUGACAGUGAAAUGAGCUCAGUUUGCGACGACGGUCACUCAGAAAUAUCCACUGAUGCGAAUGCGGCACGAGGAGAUAUACGUCCGAUCUCUUAUGGAACAAAUUGGAUGCCACCGCCGAAUUUUUCUGCGUUCAAGGAAGCACAACGAAAAAUAUCUUUGAAAUCCUUUCACACAGUCAUGGGCGUGAACGACGUUCAGGAUCCCGACAAAUUCGCGGCCAAGCAAUUCCGACACCGACGUGGCUGUCACACAGUGAUACCGGGUAAUUCUAGCGAGCAAUCGAGUGGAUGUUGAAGAGACUAGUCACUAGCAUUCGUCGAAUGCUCACUAUAGAACACGUGCCUUCAAUUAAUCGCGAAUAACGCUAAUAUGAAAAAAUUUCCAUGAAGGCGACACGUCAACUUGCAUCACUGUAGAUGACGUUUAAUUUGAA